CUGAGAGCUGGACACUAGUUGUUCCUCUCUCUUUCGAUCGUGCGAGCAAAAUGGUUAAUGUACCAAAACAGCGCCGCACUUAUUGCAAGGCCAAGAAGUGUCGAAGACACACUUUGCACAAGGUGACCCAGUACAAAAAGGGAAAAGAUAGCCUUUACGCACAGGGAAAACGCCGUUACGAUCGUAAACAGUCAGGUUAUGGUGGUCAAACGAAACCCAUUUUUCACAAAAAGGCCAAAACCACAAAGAAAAUUGUUCUUCGUAUGGAGUGCACAGAAUGCAAGUACAGGAAACAAAUUGCCCUGAAAAGGUGUAAGCACUUUGAGCUGGGUGGAGACAAGAAGAGAAAGGGUCAAAUGAUCCAGUUCUGAUUGUAAUAAAGUUUCUUACAAUGUGCCAGAUUUGCAUUUGUUUUGUUAAGAGUUAAAUAAAUGUGAAAACAGA